AGCCAAUUCGUGUCAGUGUCUAUCCAUCUGAGCUUCAACUAGAUGUUGGGAAGACGGCCAAUUUCAACUGUUCCAUACAUGGCAGCCCAGUUGGUUCAGUGACAUGGAAAAAAGAUAUGAAAUCCCUCUCUGCCAAUCAAAGGGCAGUGUUCCCGACUCCGACUUCCCUUCAAGUUCGACAAGUCAGGAGGCAGGAUUCUGGAAUUUAUCAAUGCUUCGUGAAUCGAGAUGAGUUUUCCACGCAGUCCAGUGCCAGGCUUAUCAUUGGAGAUUUGGCUCCGAAGAUGAAAAUGACGUUUCCGGAAAAGAUUGUAAGGCCUGGCAGCUAUGUGUCCCUCGUAUGCGUUGCAUCCGGAAAUCCAGCUCCACAGAUAAAGUGGCAUCUAGAUGGCAUCUGGCCUGUGUCUACACGUCCAGGUAUUUUAGUGAGCACAUAUCUCAGCAGCACUGGUGACGUGAUCAGCUAUUUAAAUUUUACAUCAGUAGACGUAUCUGAUAGUGGUUUAUAUCAGUGUGAAGCCUUUAAUGAUGCCGGCAGUGUAAAACAUUCUAAGAGACUGAACGUGUUUGGACCAAUAUUCAUACGACCUUUGAGUAACUUAACUGCUCUAGCUGGAACAAGGUUUAUGGUGAGCUGCCCUUUCGGUGGAUUUCCCUUUGAUUCUAUAGCCUGGAAAAGAGGUAAUGUAAAUUCGUUUUAA